AUGACGUUCGACCCGCUGUCGCCCUCCAAGGCGACUUCUUCCAAGUACCCCGACAAGUCGACGUUCCGCACGCUCACCCGCGAGCGUGCGUUCCGCCACCCCAACCCCAACGGCCCCGACUAUGCGACGCACGAGGAGCUGGUGCGCCCCCACAUCGAGAGCUUCGAUGCUCUGACAGAGGGCGACGACGGCCAGCCGGGCCUGCUCCAGCUCGGUGUUCAGGAUAUCGGAGAGAAGAUCAUCUUCGACGGAAAGUCGGAGGAGGGCCUGCCUUACGGCAACAAGAUCACUUACCGGAUAUCCCAGGUUGCCCUCGGUAAGCCCCUUGUCUCCGACAGGGACAAGACUGCAGUCGAGCGCCGCAUCUUCCCCAGCGAGGCGCGUGAGCGUCUCACGACCUACCGCUCCCGCCUGACUGUGACGAUCAAGUGGAAGGUCACCACUGCCGAUGGAACGACGAGGGAGUCUGAGGAGGUGCGCGAGUGCGGUAUGCUGCCUAUCAUGGUCAAGUCUGCGCGCUGCAACAUCCGUGGAAUGCCCGCCGCCGAGCUUGUCAAGCACGGAGAGGAAUCUUCGUCCUGGGGAGGCUACUUCAUCAUCAACGGUAACGAGAAGCUCGUUCGUUACCUCAUUCUUCCCCGCCGUCACCAUCCCAUCAACCUCUACCGCCCCUCGUUCGCCAAGCGUGGUGUUUCUUACACCCCGUACGGAUGUCAGAUCCGCUGCGUCCGUCCGGACCAGAGCGCGUGCACCAACACGAUCCACUACCUGUCGAACGGUGGAGCGACGCUCCGUUUCGCCUGGCGCAAGGUCGAGUACAUGAUUCCUCUCGUUCUUAUCCUCAAGGCGCUUGUCGACGCCAGCGACCUCGAGAUCUUCGAGGGUCUUGUCCAGGGCGAGUACGACAACACGUUCCUGACGGACCGUGUCGAGCUUUUGCUCCGUGGCCAGAAGAGCUGGAACCUGCAGACCGGCACGCAGUGUCUCGACUACCUUGGUGACAAGUUCCGUGUUGUUAUGAACUGCCCGGACGACUGGACCAACGUGCAGGUCGGAAGCUACCUCCUUAAGAAGGUUGUUCUUGUCCACCUUCCCCAGCCCCGCGAGAAGUUCCGCAUGCUCCUCUUCAUGCUCCGCAAGCUCUACUCGAUGGUCGCCGGCACGUCGUGCCCGGACAACCCCGAUUCGCCGCAGCACCACGAGGUCCUCCUUCCCGGUUUCCUCUACGCGAUAAUCAUCAAGGAGCGCUUCGACGAGUCGCUCAACGCCGUCAAGGCGCAGAUCAACAUGGACAUGCGCCAGGGACGUGCUAAGAGUUUCGACGACCCCAAGUACUUCCCGUCCGUCCUGACCAAGGUCAACUUUGACGUCGGUUCCAAGCUCUCCUACUUCCUUGCGACGGGUAACCUCGUCUCGCCGACAGGUCUCGACCUUCAGCAGACGUCUGGUUUCACCGUCGUUGCCGAGAAGCUCAACUUCUACCGAUACCUGUCGCACUUCCGCUGUAUCCACCGUGGAGCGUUCUUCGCCGAGCUCAAGACGACUGCCGUCCGUAAGCUGCUUCCCGAGUCGUGGGGUUUCCUCUGCCCUGUCCACACGCCCGACGGAUCGCCCUGUGGUCUUCUCAACCAUCUUUCGCACACUUGCCAGAUUGUCGUCAAGCCCCUCGACACGAGCAAGAUUCCCCAGCUGCUGUCUGCUCACGGCAUGACCCAGGUCUUCGCCACCGGUAUCGACGGCAGGACCAACGUCGUUGUCCAGCUCGACGGCCGUGUCAUCGGUUGGGCCUCCCCGACCAAGGCCAAGGAGCUCGCGGACUUGCUCCGCAAGCUCAAGACCGAGGGCGACGCCCGUGUCCCGCUCGAUCUCGAGGUCGGCUACGUCCCCGUCACCAAGGGAGGACAGUACCCCGGUCUGUACCUGUUCGGCUCGCGCUCGCGCAUGAUGCGCCCCGUCACUUACCUCGAGAACGACAAGAUGGACCACGUUGGCACGUUCGAGCAGGUGUACAUGGAUAUUGCGAUCAAGCCGGAGGAGGUUGAGAAGGGUGUCAGCACGCACGUCGAGCUCGACCCGACAUCGAUGCUUUCGGUCCUCGCCAACCUGACGCCUUUCUCCGACUUCAACCAGUCCCCGCGUAACAUGUACCAGUGCCAGAUGGGUAAGCAAACGAUGGGAACACCGUCUACCGCCCUCCAGCACCGUACGGACAACAAGUUCUACCGCAUCCAGAACCCGCAGACGCCGAUCGUUCGCCCGUCGCUGCACAACGACUAUGGAUUCGACGACUUCCCGAACGCGACGAACGCGAUCCUCGCCGUCAUCUCGUACACGGGUUACGACAUGGAAGACGCGAUGAUCCUGAACAAGUCUUCGCACGAGCGCGGUUUCGGUUACGGUACGGUGUACAAGGCGGAUAUUUUCGACCUGAAGGAUGCUGCGCGGUCGCGCACCGCCGCGCCGACGUUGCACUUUGGUCUCGGACGCGAUGUCAAGCCCGACUCGCCGUGGCGCCAGUUCCUGGACCAGGACGGUCUGCCGCAGCUCGGCACGCGUGUCAAGAGCGGUGACCCGCUCUGCGCCUACAUUGACGACACGACGGGCCGUACCAAGGUGCACAAGUACAAGGGCGACGAGACGGCGUACAUUGACGAAGUCCGUGUACUCGGCUCGGACCUGGGCGACUCGGAGCUGCAGAAGAUUCACAUCAAGCUGCGUAUCCCGCGUUCGCCCGUUAUCGGAGACAAGUUCUCAUCGCGUCACGGACAGAAGGGUGUCUGUUCCGUCAAGUUCAAGGACAUUGACAUGCCGUUCUCUGAGUCGGGCAUGCGCCCGGACGUCAUCAUCAACCCGCACGCGUUCCCGUCGCGUAUGACGAUUGGAAUGUUCGUCGAGAUGCUGGCCGCCAAAGCCGGAGCCGUGCACGGACAGUGCCAGGACGCGACGCCGUUCAAGUUCUCGGACGCCGAGGGCCCCGUCGAGUUCUUCGGCGAGCAGCUCCGCAAGGCCGGGUACAACUACCACGGCAACGAGCCCAUGUACUCUGGCGUGACUGGCGAGGAGAUGCGCGCCGACAUCUUCCUCGCCCCCUGUGCGUACCAGCGUCUUCGUCACCAGGUCAACGACAAGUACCAGGCCCGUUCGACCGGACCCGUCGACCCCCUCACGCGCCAGCCCGUCAAGGGCCGCAAGCGUGCCGGAGGUAUCCGUUUCGGAGAGAUGGAGCGCGACGCGCUCAUCGCCCACGGCACGUCGUUCCUGCUCCAGGACCGUCUCAUGAACUGUUCCGACUACUCGACGGCGUGGGUGUGUCGCGGGUGCGGCUCGCUCAUCUCGCUGGGCUUUGACGAUUCCGUCGGCCCCACCAACGACGGGCGGCCGAGGCAGUAUUGCCGCAUCUGUGAGCGGAACGAGCAGCCGGGAGCCCUCGACGGCGCCGUCCAGGACAAGAGCGUCGGUGUCGUCGCCAAGCGCGAGAGCACCGCCACCGCCGCGUCCUCCAAGAUGGACGUCAUCGCCGUCCCGUACGUCUUCAGGUACCUCUGCGCCGAGAUGGCGUGCAUGGGCAUCCGCCUCAACGUCAGCGUCGCAUAG